AUUCUCCCCUCCAGCACGUCGUCGAAGCCGCUGCUCGCUCGGCCGAGCGAGCGCGUUAUUUUAUUUCGCACAGCAAGCGCGCGUUUCCGUUAGAUAAUAGCAUCGUGCGCAUUACGGCACACACGCGCGUGUUUUUCCGCGUUGUCAACAACAAAAAGGGCCGGAUCGCGGCGAGACGCGACCGCGAGAAGGUGAUUUUGCACCCACGUUGCACCCAUGGCAGAUCAUGAGGUCGUCCAAGCGAAAAGCAGCUGGAUUUGGGGAUGGUUUAGUUGGUCUGGAUCAUCUUCAACCAUGUUACGUGCUGUGGAAAAAAAGAUCCUGUCAUGUUUAAAAACGGCAUAUAGAGGAUGGUAUGUGGAUAUUGGGCCAGUAGUGGGUCCAGCGGAUAAAAUAUGGACUAUUUCAUUGAAUGAAGAAUCACCAAGAACACCAAUUGUUUUAUUACAUGGUUUAGGAGCUGGAGUAGCAUUAUGGUGUUUAAAUCUGGAUGCGCUUGCAUCUCAGAGACCAGUGUAUGCCAUUGAUUUAUUAGGAUUUGGUAGGAGUAGCAGACCUGUUUUUAGCAGCGAUGCACAAAAAGCCGAAGAACAAUUAAUACGUUCCGUAGAAGAAUGGAGAAGAGAAAUGCAACUAGAAAAAUUUGUAUUAUUAGGUCAUUCAAUGGGUGGCUUUCUUGCAGCAUCUUAUGCUAUGCAAUAUCCUGAAAGAGUAAAACAUCUCAUAUUAGCUGAUCCAUGGGGUUUUCCUGAAAAACCAUCCGAUACUCCUGCGAAAGCAAGUGAUGCUGCUGCGAAAGCAAAUAUACCAUUCUGGGUUAAGGCUAUAGCAUUUGCAGUGCAACCUUUGAAUCCUUUGUGGGCAGUUAGAGUUGCUGGACCAUUUGGACAGUGGCUCAUUGAAAAGACAAGACCUGACAUAGUGAAGAAGUUUACUCCUCUGUUAAAGGAUGAUACUACUAUAAUUUCGCAAUACAUACAUCAAUGUAAUGUGCAAACACCAUCUGGUGAAAGCGCAUUUCAUGCAAUGAUGCAUGGUUUUGGAUGGGCGAAAAAUCCUAUUGUUAAACGGAUGGAUAAGUUAAGCAAUGACAUACCUAUAACAUUACUAUAUGGUAGCAGGUCAUGGGUUGAUAAUUCAGCUGGUGAAACAAUUAAACAGAAUCGAUCCUCAUCAUAUGUUAACGUCCAGGUAAUUACCGGAGCUGGUCAUCAUGUUUAUGCGGAUAAAAGUGAAACCUUCAAUAAAUAUGUACUGGAAGCAUGCGCUUUAAGUGACUCAAUAUCUCACUUAACAUCAUCAAAUUUACGUUCGUAUGCUAAAAUCACAACUGAUGAAGAAGUAAAUGUAACUUUAGCCAAUGAAACGUUCGAAACACGAAGACCUGAAGAACAAAAAUUAGACACAUCAGGAUCGACUAAGAUUUAAUUAAAGUCCAACGCGCGGAAUUUAUUCUCACAAAAUAGAACAUUUCACUUCUUAUUAGUAUAGAGAAUUAUUAAUCACUUUAUUAUAAUAUAAUGGAGAAUAUUGCACACGCGAUAUAUUAAAUUAUAAGUUAUUUUUUUGUUGUGUUCUACAACACAGCAGCUUUAUAUAAUAUAUAAAAAUGAUAAUGUAAAAAUGUAAACUGAUAGACGUUGGCUUUUUGUGAUAAUUGAUUGUAGAUAUUGCAUAACUAUUUACAUAAUUAUUUCCACUUUCAGUUUCGAAAAUUAUGACAAUGUAUUAUUGCAAAUAUGCGAAAUUGAUAGAAGAAUAGUCUUGCCAUAAGUAAGAUUUAUAUUCUUUAUACUCGUCAAGUUUAAACACAUCGAUUAAAAUCUUAUACAAAAUGCUAUAAGAAAUUUAUAUAAGUCAACGAGAUCAAAGAGCUUGUAUAUGACAUGUAAUUACGUGAUAAAGUUUUGUACAUUAUGUACAGUCUUGCCUAUAGGUGUAGUAAGUACGUGCGUGCACGUAUCCUAUCGUAACAAAAUCGUGGAUCAAAAUUAAAAAGAAAGCGGCAAUAUUUUAGGAGUCUGUUUAUCAUUUUUUAACUAGGGUAAAAACGUUACCACACAUGAUGAUCAUUUUAUACUUGAGAAAGAAGAUGAACUCCCUAAAGCUCUCUUUUUUUAAUCUUGGUGCAAUUUAAUCAAUAUAUCAUUGCAGUUUACUAUGUCUAUAGUCUUACCUUUGUUAAAAUAGACUAAUGUCCAGAAGAUAGUAACUAGUCUUUUUAUUGUUGUGAAUUGCAUUAUCUCGAAGAUUAUGUACAUUGUGCAAUACAUUUUAUUAUUAAUAAAUUAUUGUACACAAAUGUAAGAAAAUCGAGAAUUAGUAUUAUAUUUAUAUUGAAUAAUAAAGAUUGUUGAGAAAUA